GGCUACGUGCUUGUUUUUGUAGAGGUUAAAUUAGUUAUUUAUCCGAAACAGUUUGAAAAAUAGAAGUUAUGGCUGAUGUUUUGGAUAUUAACGACGCCGUCGACAUAGACGUGGAAGACGAAGGCGAGCAAAGUGUUUUGAGACUAAAAGACAAGGUAUUGAAACGCAAAGGAAGAGGUUUUGGAGCUGGAGAGUCCCGCGAACAUGAAAAAAUCAGGGACUACGAGUCAGUGGAAAUGGGGGACCAUGGAGACGAACCAGGACCACAAAAAUCAGUCGAAGGUUGGAUCUUAUUUGUUACUUCUGUACAUGAAGAAGCCACUGAGGAUGAUUUAAGUGAGAAGUUCUCCGAGUUUGGUAAUAUUAAGAAUAUUAGUAUCAACUUGGACAGAAGAACAGGUUUUUUGAAAGGAUAUGCUUUAAUUGAGUAUGGAACUUAUGAAGAUGCUAGUUCAGCUAGAGAAGCAUUGAAUGGGUCAUCAUUACUGGGGCAAACUAUUGGAGUUGAUUGGUGUUUUGUAAAAGGAGCUAAGAAAUCCAAAAAGAAGAGCAAGAGACAUUAGUUGUAAUUAUAGUACUUAUUAUAAUAAAAC